UUGGAAAUAUGGAACAAAAAAACUGAUACAUUGUCCCUAUGCCAUAAUCUGAAACAUAAAUUGUCCCCUUGGUAUAAUUUUUUAAGAAAACCCAAUUAUAUCCCUCAUCUCAAAUGAUUUAAAAUGAUUUCGAUUUUUUAAAUAUAAUUAAUUAAAAAAAUAAAACAAAAAGAGAAAAUAAAACAAAAGGGGGAAAUCGUGUUUUAACCCUAAUAUCGUUUCUCUCCUUUGGCGAUACAGAGCAAAAGAGGAUUCUCAGAUCCUCGAUUUCUCAGAGGUCUCCUUGCCGUCGCCGGUCUUUCUUCUGACCGCUAGCACUCCGCCGGUGGUCUUCUUCUUCUUAAUCGAACCUCCGGCUCACUUCGCGUCUCGUUGUCAAUUAAAUCGCCGAACACAGAAGCUCGUACCUCGCCGGGAACUGAAGUUGUUACCUCGCCGCUCUGCAAUUCACACACUCAGCUUUAGUUUCAAGCAAAACAAUCGAGACUUUCAGGUAUGACGGUGGAUCAGUUGCCUAAAUGCCUAUUCAAAGAGGGUACCGAAACACAAGUUGAGAAGGUGAACAACACUUGUAGAACUUCUAUACUUGAGGAGGUGGAGAAGUACGUUGAGGCAGAGUACAAAGAAGUGUUGGCUGAUCCGCUGUUUGCUCAGGUUAUGGCAAUUUAUGAGCAUAAGCUUCAGUAUUCGGGGAGACUGAUCCACACCUUUGCUUGUAAGCAGCUUCUUACCGCAAAACGUCAUGAGUUGUGGUUCCAUUAUGCUCGGAGGCCUCUCAGAUUUGCGAUGCAAGAAUUCCAUGCGGUUACUGGUCUGAAAUACAAAGACGACGAGCCUGACUUGGGUAUUGAUGAUUGGAGCUAUGAUAAAGGGUUUUGGGGUAGGUUGCUAAGGAGGGAAAAAAAGAUUAGCUUACAGGAAAUCAGGAAGGUGCAUCUGAAGGAUUGUAAUACCUGGUCUCAUCUCGACAGGCUUAGGAUGGUGUAUUUGUGUGUGAUCGUUGGUUUAGUUAUGGCGAAGGAUGAGAGGGUUUGCAUCCCACACAAGUACAUCAAGCUGGUUAUGGAUUUCGAGAAGAUGAGGAAAUAUCCAUGGGGUCGUGACUCCUUUGAUUUGCUGGUGAAAUCCAUGAUCGAAGCUAGGGGCAAAGUGAAGAAGCAGAACAGUUAUGUUGUAGAUGGAUUCUCAUAUGCACUACAGAUUUGGUUGAUGGAGGCUAUUCCAGACAUCGGGUCUCUUUUGGGUCAGAAGCUCAGAGAAGGCGUCACUAGCAUGCGAUGUAGGAACUGGAAAGGAUCUGCUAAGGUUUCUUAUGACGAUAUUAUUAGCAUGGAGUCUAAUUUUGCAUCCACUGGAAAUGUAUUUCCAUACAUCUCUUCUACUGGAAAUUGCAAGAUCAUUGUUGAUGCUGGAUUUGAACGGGACGAUGAGAUGAAAGAUGAAAGAGUCGAUAUUACUGUUAUUGAUAUUACUGAAAGAUGA